AUGUCGACCUCCAAAUCCAGAUGGGCUGACGAUGACCCAGAAACGGAAGCCCUUCUCGCUCAGCGCAAACGCGAAAAGGAAGAAAAGCGACGGGCCAAGGCCGAGAAGCAACGGCAGCUAGAGGAACAGGUCAAGGCACGAGAAUCGCUAGCUGCUCAAAGUCGAUCUGGCGACACGGUCAAUGGCGACUCUGAUGCCCCACCGAAGAAACGUCGACGGCUUUCCAACGAGCCCCAGGAACCCUCCUCGCAUGUUGAAGACGGGCAGAAACAGAUCAAAUCGAGCUUACUCCAGUUCCCUGUACUGGAAUGGGGCCCCUGCCGCCAUGUGGAUAACUUCGAGCGAUUAAACCACAUUGAAGAAGGCUCCUACGGUUGGGUUAGCCGCGCAAAGGACAUCACCACGGGCGAAGUAGUUGCACUGAAGAAGCUCAAGAUGGAUAACUCCCCGGAUGGAUUCCCCGUAACCGGCCUGCGUGAGAUCCAAACGCUCCUCGAAGCUCGCCAUACCAACAUUGUCUACCUGCGCGAGGUUGUAAUGGGGAAUAAAAUGAACGACGUCUACCUGGUCAUGGAUUUUCUCGAACACGAUCUAAAAACCUUGCUCGACGAUAUGCGCGAGCCCUUUCUCCCCUCCGAGACCAAGACUCUCCUCCUCCAAAUCACCGCCGGCCUAGAUUUCCUCCACUCCCAAUGGAUCAUGCACCGUGACCUCAAAACCUCCAACCUGCUCAUGAGCAAUCGUGGCGAGAUCAAAAUCGCAGACUUCGGUAUGGCCAGAUACUACGGUGACCCUCCUCCAAAACUCACCCAGCUCGUCGUAACUCUCUGGUACCGAUCGCCCGAACUCCUCCUCGGCGCAGAGACCUACGGUCCCGAAAUCGACAUGUGGAGUAUAGGCUGUAUCUUCGGAGAACUCCUAACGAAGGAGCCUCUCCUACAGGGUAAAAACGAAGUCGACCAAGUCUCCAAGAUCUUCGCCCUAACAGGCCCCCCAUCCCCACAAACAUGGCCUGGCUUCCGCUCCCUCCCAAAUGCAAAAUCACUCCGGCUCCCAGCGGCUACGACCACUCCUUCUUCCUCCGCUUCGCAAGGACCCCUGCCUCUUCUGCCCCGGGCAAAAUUCCCCUUUCUCACAAAUGCAGGCCUCCACUUGCUUUCGUCGCUGCUCGCUUUGAACCCGGGCUCGCGUCCAACGGCGGCAGAAUGUCUCUCGCAUCAGUUUUUCCGUGAAGAGCCACGGCCAAAGCCCAAGGAGAUGUUUCCUACGUUUCCGUCCAAGGCGGGGAUGGAGAAGAGGAGAAGACGGGAGACGCCCGAGGCUCCUAAGAGAGGCCAGGAGGCUCCAAAGUUGGACUUUGCCAGUGUGUUUGGUAGCCAGGCUGGGGGGGAGGCUGGCGAGACAGGGGCGGGGUUUACUUUGCGCUUGGGCUAG